UUGAUAAAAACCGCAACCAACUCAUAUAUCAUUUAUUUAAGCUUUCUCGAUUAUAUUACUGUCCUUGUUUUUUACAUUUUUCGAAUGGAAUACUUAAAUAUUCGAAACCACAAAAGCAACUUAAUUCUAAGUAAUUAAUCGCAUCCCCCUAAAUUUCCACGAAUCCCCAUUGUGCAUAAUGAACUCGAUUAAGCAAAUCGCCAUUGACGAAUGUUUGAUCGAUACCGGUAAUUCUACUUGGGUGGAAAUGGGCGAGUCAAAGCGACUGCCAUUUCGAUACAUGCCGAGCUCGUUAACUAAACAACCAACUGAGGCGAACCAGACGACAACAAACAAUAACAAACCGAAACGCGUCGCAUAGCGUUACAGCGACUUUUGUGCUGGCAUUUGGUAUCCUUGCAGUUGCACAUAUUUUAAGGACUUAGCGUGCGUCAUCACGUCGAACUCAAAACGUAUAGUUAACUAGGUCACACCUGUUGCCCGCAGCCUUUUUCGCUCAAGUUGCCACAUUGCGUUCAAGCACUCAACACACUCAGCCGCCUAUUGACAAUAAAUUUUGAGGUUAACAUUUUCGCGAACAACACCGUCAGCUUUAAGCCCCACAAAGGCAAACCGCUAUUGAUAACAGUGUGUUUGACGUUUUUACUGCCAUAGCACCGUACGUGCUCAACUCCUCGCAUUGUCGCUCUUGCCAGCUGUUAGUCGUCAUUCAACGAAAUGGGUCGCAAAAUCACUGUCGCCGUGUCGACGCUCAACCAAUGGGCGCUCGACUUUGAGGGCAAUCUGGCGCGCAUACUGCAGUCCAUCUUGGAGGCGAAGGAUAUGGGCGCCUGCUACCGCACCGGUCCCGAAUUGGAAAUAACUGGUUACAGCUGCGAAGAUCACUUUUUCGAGCCCGAUACAUAUCUGCACUCUUGGGAAGUGCUGCUGGAGAUAAUGCUCUCGCCGCUCUGCGAAAAUAUGCUCAUCGAUGUUGGCAUGCCGGUUAUGCACCGUAAUGUUGCCUACAAUUGUCGCGUUGCCUUCUUCAAUCGUCAAAUAUUGCUAAUACGCCCGAAAAUGGCAAUGGCCGAUGACGACAACUAUAGAGAAUCACGUUGGUUCACUUCCUGGACAAAGUCUCUUCAAACGGAGGAGCAUUACUUGCCUCGUAUGAUUUCUCAACACACCGGGCAGACAUCGGUGCCAAUCGGUGAUGCCGUUAUCGCUACUAAGGACACAUGCAUCGGUUAUGAGAUUUGCGAGGAAUUAUGGAAUGUUCGCAGCAAACAUAUCGAUAUGUCACUUUCGGGUGUGGAGAUCAUUGUCAACGGUUCUGGAUCAUACAUGGAACUGCGCAAGGCACACAUUAGCACCGAUCUAAUACGCAAUGCUAGCUUCAAGGCAGGCGGCGCCUAUCUCUUUAGCAAUUUGCGCGGCUGCGAUGGGCAACGUGUCUACUUCAAUGGCUGCUCGGCGAUAGCCAUGAAUGGGGAAAUUGUUGCACGUAGCAAGCAAUUUGCGCUGCAGGAUGUGGAAGUCACUUUAGCCACUAUUGAUUUGGAGGAGAUCCGCUCGUAUCGUGUGUCGCAACGUUCACGCUGCACAUUCUCCGCCUCGGCGCCCAACUAUCCGCGCAUCAACUGCGACUUUGAGAUGUCAACGCACAACGACAUCUUCAAGAGCUCCUCCACGCCAAUGCAAUGGAUCUAUCAUACGCCCGAAGAGGAAAUCGCGAUGGGCCCCGCUUGCUGGUUGUGGGACUAUCUACGCCGCUCGGGUCAGGGUGGUUUCUUUCUGCCGCUCAGCGGUGGUGUCGACUCCAGUAGCUCCGCUACAAUUGUCUACUCCAUGUGUCGCAUGAUCGUGAAUGCCGUACAAGGCGGCGAUGCACAGGUACUCCACGAUAUACGUAAAAUUCUAGCUGACUCUGAAUACACACCGGAUAAUCCUGCAACCUUGUGCAAUCGCUUGCUGGUCACCUGUUUUAUGGGCAGCGUGAACUCCAGCAAGGAGACGCGACGUCGCGCUGCGCAAUUGGCCAAUCAAUUGGGCAGCUAUCACAUCGAAAUCAGCAUCGACACUGCCGUUAAUGCUCUGUUAGGUAUAUUCAAUGCGGUCACCGGUCUGUCGCCGCGUUUUCGUACUCAGGGCGGUUGCGCGCGCCAAAAUCUCGCACUGCAGAAUAUCCAGUCACGCAUUCGCAUGGUCUUGGCGUAUAUGUUUGCACAGCUGAUGUUGUGGGUGCGCAAUCGGCCAGGCGGACUGCUAGUGCUCGGCUCGGCGAAUGUUGACGAAGCGCUGCGUGGAUAUAUGACGAAGUAUGAUUGCUCGUCGGCGGAUGUGAACCCCAUCGGCGGGAUUUCGAAAACGGACUUACGUCGUUUUCUCAACUACGCGAAAGAGAAGUUUAAUUUAACCGUAUUGGAGUCAAUUAUCGAAGCUCCACCCACUGCCGAACUGGAGCCGCUGCAGGAUGGUCAACUCGUUCAAACUGACGAGCAAGACAUGGGCAUGACCUACGCAGAGCUGAGCGAGUAUGGCCGCUUGCGCAAACAAGCCAGCUGUGGGCCGUACAGUAUGUUCUGUAAGUUGGUGGCCACUUGGCGCGCCGACAUGAGUCCGAAAGAGGUCGCCGACAAAGUGAAGCACUUCUUCCGCUGCUACGCCAUCAAUCGCCAUAAAAUGACUGUCCUCACCCCAUCGGUGCACGCCGAAAGCUACAGUCCGGACGACAACCGUUUCGAUCAUCGUCCAUUUUUGUAUCGCGCCAACUGGAGUUGGCAAUUCAAGGCAAUCGACGAUGAGGUGGAGAAGCUGCAACCCGGCUAUACACCCUCCGCACAGCAUAUGCAUCCGAGCAGCGAUGAUAUGGUGUCGCACGAGUCUCUACAUCGUUCCUUGCAUCGCUCGUCACAUUUGGAAUCGAAGAACUCAUCGCCAUUGUCGUGUUCUUCUAUCGACGCUGCUGGUGCCGGCGGUAUUAGUGCUGGACCCAGCGGCAGCAUGGGCACUUUGGGCAAAAAGUCCAGUGGCUAUUCGAAGGUGCAUGUUAAUGUGCUCGGUAAGAUUAAGGACCGCACUGGUAUACCGGUUUAGGACAUGUGGUUCGAGGAAUGGUGUUUCGAAGUUUGUGUCACUACGAAACUGUUGAACCGGUAGUGUGUGUGUUGGAGUUUGGACAGUGGAGAGAAAACAAAUUGCUGCAUACUACAUGCAUAUAUACUUUUUUGCCAAUAUUUUUUAAGUUUUACAAGUAGUAUCCUGUUUAAGUUUCAUAAUUAUUACAAAUUGUUCCUUAAUUAAAAGAUAUUGCUUUUCAACUUGUUUAUCGGUGUUAAUUUGUCUGUGAAGCAGUUUAUUAAUUUUCCUUAAGCAACAAAUUUUCUAUAUUUGCCUUAAUAUGUUCCUUUAAUAUAUAUUUAUAGUUAUUUUAAGCUUGAUUGUUGUUGUUUUAUCAGAUUUUAAAUUGUAUUACGUUCAAAAUUUUGUUAUUAAAAUUUGGUUUUGGUUUUCUUAAUUAUUUAAUAAAAUUUUCUCAAUUUUUUUAAAGUGUGAAAGGUCUUUCAAAAUAUCAUUUGUUUAAUUUUUUUUAUUUAUUAAAAGUUUCUAGUUUCCCGUAAACCUACAAUUUUAAUUUUCCAUGAGUUUUAAAUUAUGUUUCGAAGAAUUUUUUUUUUAAUUGCAAUCAAUUUUAAAAUAUUUUUUUUUUCAAAAAUGUUCAGUUAAUUAAUCGUACCUAAAAUGGAACUAAUCGUUAUGGUAAUAUAAAAAAAAAUUUUAAAACAUGAAUAUUAUAUUGCUUUAGCUUUAACCCAUAAUUGGCUGAAAAUCUUUAUUGGUAAAAAAUUAUAUCGCUAAAUUUCGUUAUAUAUACUUAUUGUUUUUGUUGUAGUAACUAUAUUUUUUUUAUAGUAUUUUUUCAAUAUUGGUCUGUCUUUCUUCUCUUUACUUCACUAUGUUCCUGGCUUUAUUGAGAAAUUAAAAGCAACAUACCUACUAUAUGUUUCAAUAUUCGAGAUAUAGGGAGUGUUAUGUAAAUUUUAAGUUUUAAAAUUUCGGAAAGUACUUUGUCGCUUUAAAUGCCUUUGUUAUAACGCAAAAUUAUUACAACAAUUCUGUAUUAAGAAAAAAUAUUAUUAGAAAAAAUAUGGUUUUAUUUAAAUUUGCUAAAAAAAUUCUAAAUAGUUAUAAGUAUACAAGCCGUUACAAUAUUUGACAACUUUUUGGAAAAAAAAUUUAAUUUGGUGUUUAUAUAUACUUUUUUUGUUUUUAACAGUUCUACUUGGUGAAACUUCAAGUUAACUGUUUAUUGGAUUACUUUUAAAUUUUAUGUUUCUAAAAAUUUUAAUUUAGAAAAUAUAUUUAACGUUUUUCUUCGAGUUACAAAAAAAAAUGACACUUAAAACUAUGAAAAAGCUAAGUAAAUUUGCAAAAAAACUUUUAGAAUAUUUUUCGUUGCUCAAUAAAUAAUAUUUGGCUUUUUUUUGUUGAAAAAUUCUCUCAAAACUUUUUUUAAACAAAUCUGUUUUAAAAAUUGUUAGAGUUUAAUAUUAUGUAGUAUAAUUUUUCGAAAUUAUUAUUUUUAGAAACAAUAAUUAUGUUUAAUAUAUAAGUUUUUUUGAGUUAUAAAAAAACUUGUUAAGCAAUUUUCUUUAGUACUUAUAUAUUAAACAUAAUAAUAAUAUUUUUAUUACCCAAAAACUUGUUAAAAAAAUUUCUUUAGCACUUCUUCUAGUGAUUUAAAACUUGCUGUUAUCAAUAAAAUUUCCUUUAACUGAAAAAAUGUAUAUUAAGAAAAACCAGUAAUCAAUUAAAAUUUGUAAGCUUUAUAAGCGUAGUGAUUAUACCAUUAAAACUAUAUUAUAUAUUCACUCCGAUUCUUAAAAUACGAUUAAAAAGUAGGCGAACUUUCCAAGUAGCAGCAUUUAUUUUCUAAAAACUGAGUGAAGGAAAAAGUACAAGUCUUUCAAUUUUAUUAAGAAAACGAAUCCCGGAAACCUUAUUGUUAUACCCAGUAGAUAACUUAUUAAUAAACUUUUCCUUUUUUCCGCCGCAUCACAAUAAUUAUAUAUAAUUAAAUUAAACUAUCAACGAGAUUAAAGGAAUUGUUUAAGGAAUUAAUUUUCCAACAACAAAUACAUUUGUUUGUAAACAUUUAGGAAUAAAAAAAAAAUAAUAAUUAUUGCAUCUCUAAAACACAACAGAACUGUUAGCUUACAUAUAAUAACUCUUAAGCAUUAUUAUUGUAAAGAGAAUUCUUACAUUAAAAAAAAAAAUAAUAAUAAUAUUAACUAAAUGUAAAAGUAAAAGAAACGCCUUUGUAACUAUCAAGUAGUACUAGUUCGUAGACAACGUUGAAUACCAAUAAAAGUUAACUACAUUAAAAAAUAAAACGAAAUAAAUUAUAUAAAUAAAUCAAUGAGUGAAAAUCGAUUAA